CUCCCUUCUAUCACCCGGCUGCUGCCUUCUCGUUGCACGUUUGGUUGUUUUAUCCACUCUUGCCAUCUGUCAGAGUCGCUGCUCGUUCCGCUGCACUCUCCCUCCCUGUACUAUUUCCCAUUCUUCGCUUGCCCUUUGUCGUGAAUUAAUGCUGCUGUGCCUUUUCACUUAUAUGUCUGUCUUUCCCUCAUCUCACUCUUUCUCUUUUCCUGAUCUCUUUUUCACUCCUCUCCGCCUCCUGCUUGGUAUUCUGCAGCCCUUCCAUUCGUGCCAACUUGUCAAUUGCAAUUCCUCCAAAAUCGAUGUUCCUCACUCCACUGUAUCAACUUUUCGACCGUCGCGACCUCACGUCAGGCUACCAUUCAUAAUUUUCCGUACUGGCCCGACGUCUAUCACAUCUUGAGGUGUGCAAAGUCAUUCCCCAUCCAUUUCGCAUUUCUGUCACCUCAACUUCACGCCUUGUAUACCAUCGCGUCAUUCAAACGAAUUGUUCAACCUCAACACCUGCCACCACGUUCAUCCAUUUCAUCAAGGACGACCGCGGUCGUUCAUUCAUUAAUUCUUCUUGCCGGAUUUUCCUUUCCAACACUGUGGGAAAGAGGUUUUCACCCAGUCUCUCGUCGAUGGUUCCGGGAAGCCUCAAUUUUAGACGGUCGGCCAAAUCAGUAACCGCAGGCCGAAAAUGGAGUUCGGAGAUGGUAGAAGUUCGUCCAACGAUCUAUCAAGCGCGCCGCCUAGCGAUGCUGAAAGCACCCCUGGUCCUUUGAGCCAUCUUACAGCACAUCGCGACGCACAUCCAUCAGGCAAUCUUGGUGUUAGGAAUAGUUUGGUGGCAUCAGCCACGCCUGCAGGUCAAGCCACAAAGCUGGCGCCACAGCCUAUCACUCAGGUCGAUGUCAAAACCAAGCGACCACGCAAAAAGAAAGAUCCCAAUGCUCCUGAACCUGAAAAGAAAGAAAAGGCUCCCAAGAAACCUCGUGUCACUGGCACAUCACGGAAGAAGCCCAAAUUAGAAGCACCAGAUUUGAACAGCACCAUCGAGGUCCCUCGAGCGCCAAAUUCGGCUCUACAGUCAUCCACCUUGAAUCAACCAGUGUCUUUCUCUCCUGCAGCAGUCACAACACAACCUCGCUCGAGCAAUGUGGCGUCCGACUCACGUUUACCGAUGCACGGCAACGCCGUCCGGCCUCAAGUCCCCUCUCAGACCUACGAGUAUACUUUGAAUGUCGCACCACCACCUCCCGCACCACGCUCGAUGUAUGAUCCUAUUCGGUCCAUGAAUAUUUCACGCCUCGUCGAGCCACUACCUCGUCCCUCCUCAACGACACUCCAACCGACCCAGACCCCUCCUCGACCUAUUUAUAAUCCAAGCACCUCUCCAGCCAUAUCUGGUAUCAUCGACCACCCUGUACAAUCGCAGUCCACCACCUCAGCCAUGCAAGUCAUACAACCCAGUCCGGUACCUUCACACGUUCAGACUAAUGGCAAGAUUGCCACCUCGCCUACUGUCAAUGGGACUUCGACUGCUACGGAAACUGCACCUGUGGUUCUGGACCAAGCACCCAAGAAAUCAGCGACCUCCAAGAAGACCCCUUCAGAAGCACCGACACGCGCCACCUCACCGAAACCUUCACGGGCCAAGGAACAACCACCUCCUCCAGGCUCAGGCUUGUUAUCUGCUAGCCUGUUUGGUGGUGAUUCUGGUACGGAUGCCACCCAGAAAGAUGCAAAAGGUCCUAAUAUUGUGCUUCACAUUGACCUCAAAGACCCCAACAAUCGAGUGAUCAAUUUUGCUCGCCUGGCUGAAGAGAAAUAUGGAUUUGCUGCUCUCUAUCCUCGCCAAGCUGCUCAGAAGGAACGUCUGGCCAAAGUCGCGGCCGCUGGUGCUGCCUUGGAGCGAUCCGCAUCUGGUAGCAAAUUUGGAGGCACUUCUGCCGGAGAAAGCGGGGAUGAAGAUCUGAGUGUCGACAUCGAUCGCGAUUCAGACAAUGAUGGCGAUGUCCCAAUGUCUGGGGUCAACGGUCAAGACAAUAUCAACAGUGGAACUGACGCUCCUGAGCUGAAGAAGAAGCGAAGGAAAAAGGUGGAAGAAUACGACCAAGACGACCCGUUCGUCGAUGACAGCGAAUUACUCUGGGAGGCGCAAGCGGCGGCUAGCAAAGACGGGUUCUUUGUCUAUUGUGGACCGCUUGUCCCAGAGGGAGAGAAGCCUGCAGUUGAAAGAGCGGACGGUACCAUCAAACGCGGUCGAGGCCGAGGGCGAGGUGGUGGACCAGGUUCACGCGGUGGAAGAACCGCUGCGGCUGCUUCUGAUCGCCCUAGCGGACGAGGGGGCGGACCUGGGUCUCGAGGUGGCGGCAUCACUCGAAAACCUCGAAUCACCAAGGCCGAACGCGCUCAAAUGGAGACUGAAAAGCUCCAGCGGGAGAAGAUUGCGCCCCUCGUGGCUAAGCCGGCAGCAUAUCCUAGCUGAGUGCAAUUCCUGGGAGAUGUUGUACAUGACUUGUAUUGCAUACACAGAAUUCGGGGCAAGCGGCAUCCUUUGUUAGGAGACAGAGCAUUGGCGGAUUUCGGGCUGAGCAGGAGAUUUGUGUAUCCUCUGAGCUCUGUACUCUGGCGUCUUUCUUAGUCAUCAAAGCGUGAUGAUGACUUGGAUGUACUAUGGUAAUGACUGCAGAUGAGAAAUCAAUAUCCAGUCCUUCGGAACCAG